AUGGCGCAUACAGACACUGUCGACUGUGGGUUUAUCACGGGCCCGGUCAACAAAGGCGAUGGAAAAGAGUACGGCUGCCUCAGCCACGUUAUCGACCUCUGUUCAAUCAUCGAUAGGCACCUUGAAGCUACCCUUCCGAGGGUCGAUUAUAAAGAAGACACCGACAACGGCACCUCUAGCGAUAAAGGCGAGCACCAUGAAGAGGACGAUGACGAUUACGAUGACGAUGGCGAUGACAAAGAGGACGACCGGAGCACAGAGGCCAUGACUGAUGACGGCAAUAGUUUGUCAAGUCUUGCGUCAGGGGAAGAUUAUACGGCAGAGGAACUGGCCGACGCUCAGAACCAGCUUGGCGGCCAAAACAUAGCCCUUUUGGCGCGUGAGCAAGACGACGAUGACAACCAAGUCUUGUUGAUGGAGGUCAGUGAUGACGAGGAUGGAUCCGUUGAUAUGCUAGAUGCAAGCUCGGUGGACUCGUUUGUAGAAGAGAACGAGGAGAAGGACGAGGCGGAAGUAGAGGAUAUCACGGUUUUGGAGAAAGUCUUCCUCGACAUUGACGAAGGCUUUACGGCUUAG